UUCCUCUAUGUUUUCCAAACCAUAAUACAAAAAUACCCAGAAUAUAGAGAAAUAUUGGGAGGAGAGCCAGUUAAGCUUUUCGGCACCUUCGUCAUUUCCGACCGCCUCUGCUAAGAAAGGCUUCAGGCCUAUCAACAAUUUUCCUCUAUAAACAUGAAGCCCUAAUAACGAAGAAAUUUGGCCAAUUUGAGAGAUUAUUCAUUAGUGGAAAGAGUAAAUGGCAAAGGCAGUCCUUUUGAAAUUAUGAAUGACUAUUUACUCAAAUCCUUAUUAAUAUCCAAACAACAAUUAUUUAACAACGUAAUCCCUACAAAACCCACAGAAAACACAAAAAAUACAAAAAUUAAAUCAGAAGAAGAAUCAGAAUUAACGGUUAAAAAAGGACAUAGUAUUCCUCUCUGGGCUAUUUUCUCAGCCUUAAUUCUGGUUUUAAUGGCUUUAUUUGCUCUCUUAUUAGCACAUUUAGUGGGAAGACGUGUGGCUUUAGCUCAACAGCAGAAAAAAUUUUCUUCGGCUAGUCGAAUGAGUAUGAGAAGUGCUCGACCUGACGAAUCCUUAUUAAUGAGUGGAGGCGGGGGAGCAUCAGCAACAACAAAAAAUACCCAAAAUAAUGUUUCCACAAGUGGGGGUAAUUCUGCAAGCGGGGGAGGAUUGCCUUCGUCCCAUUUAAAAAGUCAAAUGAUGUUUAGACAAUUUGGGAGAAAGUGUCAAUCUACGACAAAUUCUGGUGGGGGACAGGCAAAUAUUGUUAGACAAAAAAUUUAA